ACGUCACAAAAUACAAAAUGAAUUUUAAGGUUGUCAUUUUUGCCGCUUCGCUGAUGGCAGUAAGCGCGCAACAUCACGGUCAAAGCCAUGGCCAUGCAACAUCUUCUCAAUCCAUCAUCCGACACGACGUCUCCCAUGACCACGGCUACAACCACGUACAACCAAUUGCCGUCCACAGUGCUCCUGUAUAUCACCACCAACCAGCUGCUUACAUCCAACACGCCGCCCCUAUCGUCCACGCUGCUCCAAUAGUACACCAUGCUGCUCCCAUUGCGCACCAUCAAACUCCAGUCUACCACAACCAACAUAAUGAUGGUCAUGAACACCAGGACUACUACUCUCAUCCUAAAUACGAGUUCCAAUACAACGUAGAAGACCAUCACACCGGUGACAUCAAGUCUCAGCACGAAGCUCGUGAUGGUGACCACGUGACUGGCUCCUACAGUCUGCACCAGCCCGAUGGUUCCGUCCGUACUGUCCAUUACAACGCCGAUAAGCACAGCGGAUUUAACGCACAAGUUGACUACUCCGCCCCAUCAACACACGCCCAGCCGAUUCACCACGCUCCUGAACACAUCCUCUCUCAUCACUAAGCGUUGAUUUAAUAGUCAUUAGGAAACACUCAAUGUAUACUAUUAGCUUACUUUAUAAAAUAAACUUAAAAUUUUAUUUAUUUUUUUAUUU